AUGUAUCACCAUUAUCUCUCCUGUCUUCUCCUCGCCCUCAUCACUUUCAUCCUCCCCACAUCCGCAUCUCCCCUCUACUACACCCCAUCCUCAAGGGAUAAUAACCCGAUCCGAGCUACACGUACUGCAACAUGCUCGAGUGAUUAUUUCGGAGGUUGUUGUGCUAUUGAUGAAUAUGGCAUUUAUGGUUCUUGUACAAACGCAACCUUACUCGAAUCCAACGUGCCAUGGACAGGUAUGCCAACCACUCAAACCGCAAAUGAAUGGGCAUGUACAACUCCAGCCAACGGAACUCUGAUCAGUGCGGGGUGUUGUUCAUGGAGCUGGACUUAUAUCGACACAACCUAUCCCAACGGAGUGAUUCUUCCCACGCUUGGAGAAUCAAUGGAAUGUACAGCUAGUAAUGCAGGACUCUCAGAAUCCAAGAGAAUGGAAGACGGUGGCGGAGUAAUGAAUCGAGGUUGGGGUGAUGUGUGGUCGUUCUGGUGAGCGUGAAAUGCGAAUUGGUGAUAAAUUCGGAUAGCAUGGGCUGUGAUAGUUAUUGUAGUGUUAAAUAGCA